UGCUGAUGAGGGGACGAGGUUCUCGAGGGCGGGCAAGAUGACAUGCUCUCUGGCUGCAUGUAUGCAUCAUCAGCGGCAGCGCUCGCGUGACGAAGGCAACAAGCGAUAACGGGCAUCAAUCAAGCCGCUGCUCAUCGUCCAGCUUCAAGCGGCCUCUUCUCGCUGCUCCUUCCAUCCUCAUAUCUCCUCCCCGUCGUCAGCAGAGCGCCUUGUCGAGACGUCCACGAGCUCAUUCAUGCAUCCUGUUCUACGUGCGUUCAAGCAAGACGUCGCGUGCUUCACAUCAAUCCGUUCAGCAGCGUUCCGCUGCCCAUUUCCCUCCUUCACCAUUCAACGACAUCGUCAACAGUCCGCGAUUGGAGCAGGAUCAGAUCGAUACUACGGUCUGUCACACAUCGCGAGACGUUCUCAGGCCCACGAAUUCGACACGAAUCCGGCUGCGGAUCCAUCCUUUCAUCCUGCCAGAGUCGCAGACCUUCCAAGGUUGCCUCGAAGAGAAUACACCACACGCGCUCAAACACCCAACUCUGACAGAAUGGGCGCCGUAGCUACACCUCGCGUUGAUACCAGCAAGAGGGUUCAGGCUCUGAGGGAAUUGAUGAAGCAAAAAGGCGUGUCUGCUUACGUCAUCCCCUCAGAAGACUCGCACGCCUCGGAAUAUCCUGCAGAAUCUGAUCUCCGCCGAGGCUAUAUCACUGGCUUUACUGGAUCUGCCGGAACAGCAGUCGUUUCAGAGAAAGAGGCGUGCCUGUUCACAGAUGGUCGCUACUUUCUUCAAGCUGGCCAGCAGCUUCACGAGCCAACAUGGACGCUGAUGAAGCAGGGCGAGACAGGAGUUCCUACUUGGCAGGAGUAUUUGUCAAAGAAUCUGCCCAGCGGCAGCCAGGUCGGCAUAGACCCUGCGCUCGUAUCUGCCGAAGACUGCGCCAGUAUCGAUGGAGAAUUGGCCAAAUUCAAGUCAAAGAUUGUCGCAUUGCCCGAGAACCUCGUGGAUACCAUUUGGCCUGCGCAAGAGAGGCCCAAUCGCCCAUCCGAGCCGAUCUUUUCUCUGGACGUCAAAUACGCGGGAGCGACGCCUGCCGAGAAGAUCAAGGCAGUGAGAGAAGAAUUGCAGCGCAAGGGGGACUGGGCCAAAGGUUUCGUAGCGAGCAUGCUCGACGAAGUGGCCUGGCUCUUCAACCUCCGAGGCUCAGACGUGCCUUACAAUCCCGUCUUCUUUGCCUUUGCGCUCAUCACCCGAGACGCUGUCAACAUCUACGUCAACGAUGCUGCCCUGGAGAAGCCUGCACGACAAGAACUAGAGAAGGUGGCGGCCAUCAGACCUUACGAUGCCUUUUACAGCGACUUGGCUCAGGUGGGCAAAAAGCUGCAAGCUGAGGAAAAAAUCGUCAUUGGCAAAAGAGCAUCGCAAGCUGUGCAAGUAGCUCUCGGAGGAGCUGAGAGAGUCAAGGUAGACCGCAGCAUUAUUGUCGAUCUGAAAUCCGUUAAGAACGCUGUUGAGCUGGAUGGCUUCAGAGCCUGUCAUGUACGGGAUGGAGCUGCACUGGCCAGCUAUUUCGCAUGGUUGGAGCAAGCUGUGACCUCGGGAGAAAAGGUCUCGGAAGCUAGAGGUGCCGACGAGUUGGAGAAUGCAAGGCGCAGACUUGACAUGUUCAGAGGUCUCAGCUUCACAACCAUCUCUAGCACUGGUCCGAAUGGUGCGAUUAUCCAUUACUCGCCAGACCCUGCGAACUGUCCGGACAUCGAUCCCUCAAAGCUAUAUCUUUGCGAUUCAGGAGCUCAGUUUACGGACGGCACGACGGACGUGACUAGGACGUGGCACUUUGGCAAGCCGAGCAAGGAGGAAGUGCGAGCUUUCACUCGAGUACUUCAAGGCCAUAUCGCCAUCGAUCGAGCAACAUUUCCAAAGGGAACCACGGGCUACCUGCUGGACCCUCUUGCUCGCAGACCACUCUGGGAAGAUGGACUCGAUUUCCGUCACGGAGUUGGACAUGGCGUAGGUCACUUUUUGAAUGUACACGAAGGUCCACAUGGCAUUGGCACAAGAGCGGUCUUCAACGAGACGGCGCUCAAGGAAGGCAUGGUCGUUUCCAACGAGCCCGGAUACUACCAGGACGGCGAGUGGGGCAUUCGCAUCGAGAAUUUGGUCUUGGUGCGAAAGGCGGAGACGCCGAACAAUUUCGGCGGCAAGGGCUUCCUGCAAUUCGAGCACCUCACCUUGUGUCCUAUCCAGACCAGUCUCCUAGACCCUGCUCUGCUCACCCAGGCUGAGAGGGAUUGGAUCAAUGCUUACCACGACGAGACGCUACAGAAAGUAUUGCCCCUACUCGAAAAGUCCGGCAAUGACCUUGCCGUCAAGUGGCUCAAGAAGCAUUGCGAGGCGCGUGUCUAGCACGGGGCAAGAUCAAUCCUUUAUAUCAUGCUUCGCUUCGGGCAGGCCUCGUACAAGGAUGCAGUUUGCCUGUUGUAUAGCAUCGCAUACAAUGCCGAAGCGCAAUCGAGUGGUUCAAUCACAGUAUCCUGCUGGUUCAUGACACCCCUCGAUGGAACGCGUGUGCUUGCGACGCGGAGUAAGAUCAGUGACCAAAAUUGAAGAUGCUCAAGAGAGCGAAAACGGAGUAGAGCAAUCCGACGGGAUAUGCGAUGAGGAAGCGUUG